AUGGCUUUGUUUUUUGUUGGAUACUUAAUUGCUGUAAGCAGUACUAUAGCCUUUAUUGUGGCUAUAUUGACACCAAAAUGGAUAUAUCCAAAUAUAGCUGGAUCAACAAGUGAACAGAAUUAUCGUGGGAUAUUUUUUGUUGAUGAUAAUACUACAUCAUGUAGAGAUUUUAUUCUUAUGUAUAAAGAAUCAGUUACAGGAUGUCGAACACCUUAUGCCAUUGCAUGCGCAUCUUUAGCAAUAGCGGCAUCAUCAUUAAGCAUUAUAUUAUUAUGGUUAGCUGGUGCUUAUUUGUAUAUUCGUCGAAGACGUUUAGCCAUUCAUUUUGUGUCUCUAUUGGCUGCUCUUACAAUGUUCAUAUUUUGGUUAACCGUUAUUAUAUGGGUUGUCAUGAUUACGAUGAAUAGAGAAAAUUCAAAGAUAAAGCGUGAAAAUAUUGGCUUUUCUACAUGGAUUGCUGUUGGCUCAAGCGGUGGUUUUCUUCUUGCAUUUGUACUGUUUUUAUUAUACAGAAUUGAUCUCGGACAUCGAAGCACGUUGGUUUCUACGCUACCGUUGGAGGAUGAAAUUAAAAGCAGUUUUGAACUCAGUAAGGCAUUUUCACAUGUUUGUUCAUCAGAUCUCGAUGUUGAUCAAGGGUUAUGUUUUCAUCCCGCUCACAAUUCGAUACCUCGUCUAUUGGAAGUUCGUGGACAGGAAACAAUCAUUCCGUGCGUAUUGAAUAAGCCAACCGAACAUGUUUAUUGGUAUUUCCGAAGUCGAUAUUCGAAUACAUCAACAUGGAGUCUCAUUCGAACGUUAGAUUCUAAUAAAAAAGAAUUAGAAAACACAAAUUUGGUCACAAUGAGAAACGGUACAAAUGGCAACUAUUCCUUAAUCCUUCGAAAUCUAACACCAAUAAUGAACGGUGAAUAUAAUUGUGCAGUGAAAACUGAUGAGAUGACAGAAGCAGCAUUUGUCGUGUACGAUUUAACAAUAACAGCACCUCUAUUGUGUUCUGAAAGAAUUGAAUACUGGCCAUGCUUCGAAAAUCAACCACAUGUUGAUACUGUUAUUACAACACCCGGUAACAGUUUAAUAUUACCAUGUCGUGUUAGUUAUGCUGCAGAAUCAAAUAUCGAAUGGUGGUGGAUCAGUAAAAAUAGUUUAAGCCUUCGUAUAUUUCCUGCUUACAUACAGGUUAGACCAACAGCUCAACGUUUCAUCUUGAAUAGAACAAUAUCCAAUACCAGUGAUGUAACAGUCGAUAUGUCAAUUGUGUUAAAUCACGUUAAUGUUGAUGACAGUGGACUUUAUCGUUGUGUUGUAGUACCACAGUAUGAAAAGGGACCUACUCAAAUUUUGGAUUAUUAUGUUGAACUAACAAGUCCUCGUCUUUGUCAAUUUGGCUACAAUGGGGCUCCAUGUUUUGAUAAUAUGGUUACAAGUUCACCGGCAAUAGUUGGAGCAUACAAAAACGUCGCUCAGUUACCAUGUCGUGUUUAUGAUUAUAAGAAAUUUUCAAAUAUAUUUUGGGUAGCAGGUGAUAGUCCAAAUAAUAGUUUGUUGAUCACUCAUCAUCUCGCUUUCAGUGAUUAUAAGGGUGAUCGCUUACGUCGAUUAUUUCCAUUCUCACCUAAUGAUUUCUCACUUCAAAUCGAAAUCAGUGACAAUGUCAACAGUGAAAAAACAUAUUCUUGCGUUAUUGAAGGAACAUCAACAUAUGAAACAACAUGGUUUACAUAUAAAAUUCAACAUUUAAAUGGUGAACAAGCUAUAAUAACAAAAGAUGAGCAGAAAAUGGCAAAACUAAUGCAUCAAUUUGAUGUAGAUUCAAAACAAACAAUAGCCAAUGCAUUACAAAAUAAAAAUGAAAAAAAAAAAGAAACAACUGAUGAACAAUUAACGACUCUAUUUUCCAAUACACAAGACAACAGAUAUCAAAAUUUAAUUUUUAUACCAGUUGUUGUUCAAGAGAAAAACGGUGAUUCGUACGAUAUCAGUGAUAAAUCAUUUUGA